AUGCCCGGCCCCGUGGACACUGCCAAGUCCAUCACGAACAAGCGCAAGAGAAAGCACAGCGCAAAGCCAGCAACCGAGGAUGCGGACAUCCCCAAGCCCGUCGAGGCCAAAUCGAGCCCCAAGGUGACCCCCAAGAAGGUCAAGACCUCCUCCAAGUCGGCCGUGGACAAGUCAAGCAAGAAGCGCAAAGUCACCCCGCCGCCUAGUGACGACGAGGAGAGUGCCGACGAGGCUGAGGAGCAGGAGGAUGAUAAUGAGGGAAGCGAGGAUGGAGAGAAGGACUCCGAUGCCGCUGAUCUUCCUACCGUGGAUGACGUUCGCCUGCCUCAGACCGAAGGCGAAUUGCAGAAGUUCGCUGAGCUGAACCUCUCGGACAAGACCAUGAAGGGUAUUCAGGAUAUGGGCUUCGAGAAGAUGACCGAGAUCCAGCAGCGCACCAUCCCCCCUCUUCUGGCUGGCCGUGAUGUUCUCGGAGCGGCCAAGACAGGCAGUGGCAAAACUCUAUCAUUCUUGAUCCCCGCGAUCGAGAUGCUCCACGCUUUGCGCUUCAAGCCACGCAACGGUACCGGUGUUCUCGUUGUCUCCCCCACUCGUGAAUUGGCCCUGCAGAUCUUCGGUGUCGCUAGAGAACUCAUGACACACCACUCGCAAACCUAUGGUAUCGUCAUUGGAGGAGCUAACCGUCGUGCCGAGGCGGAGAAGCUGAUGAAGGGUGUCAACCUGCUCAUUGCCACCCCCGGUCGUCUGCUUGAUCACCUCCAGAACACACAGGGCUUCAUCUUCAAGAACCUGAAGACCCUGAUCAUUGACGAGGCUGACCGUAUUCUCGAAGUGGGUUUCGAAGAUGAGAUGCGUCAGAUCAUCAAGAUUCUUCCCACCGAGGAGCGACAGACUAUGCUUUUCUCCGCCACCCAGACCACAAAGGUUGAGGACCUGGCCCGUAUAUCCUUGCGCGCCGGCCCCCUGUACAUUAAUGUCGACCACCGCAAGGAGCACAGUACAGUCUCUGGUCUUGAACAAGGCUACGUGGUUUGCGAGGCGGACAAGAGAUUUCUGCUUCUCUUCUCUUUCCUAAAGCGCAACCUGAAGAAGAAGAUCAUUGUUUUCUUCUCCAGCUGCAACUGCGUCAAAUACCACGCCGAGCUUCUCAACUACAUCGAUCUUCCCGUUCUGGAGCUGCACGGCAAGCAAAAACAGCAGAAGCGAACCAACACUUUCUUCGAGUUCUGCAAUGCCAGCCAGGGAACUUUGAUCUGUACUGAUGUUGCUGCCCGUGGUCUAGAUAUUCCUGCUGUGGACUGGAUUAUUCAAUUCGACCCCCCUGAUGAUCCCCGUGAUUACAUCCACCGUGUCGGACGUACUGCCCGUGGCGCCAACGGCAAGGGUCGCAGUCUGAUGUUCCUGCAACCGUCAGAAGUCGGUUUUCUCAAGGAACUCAAGGAAGCUAGGGUUCCGGUAACAGAGUUUGAGUUUCCCAGCUCCAAGAUUGUCAACGUCCAGUCUCAACUGGAGAAGCUUAUUGGACAAAACUACUACUUGAACAAGAGUGCCAAGGAGGGUUAUCGCUCAUACCUCCAAGCGUACGCGUCUCAUUCCCUGCGUACUAUCUUUGACGUGCACAAGCUGGACCUGGUCAAGGUGGCCAAGGGCUUUGGAUUCAACGCGCCGCCCCGUAUCGACAUCUCGCUGGGAUCCAGCCUGAGCCGUGACAAGAAGCAGGAGCAGCAAGGGCGCCGGACCUACGGCAGCCAGCCGCGGAACAACAAGGGGCUGAAGUUCCAGCGGAAGCACGAUGAGGAAUAA